AUAUCUGUUACAUUCUGUGUGUGAUCUCGUGUCAUGGUGCUCGCCAUCUUUACCAGCUGUCAACUGCACUCAUUGUACGCUAGAGUGUCCCCUUCGUGUGUUUCCUUAUCCUCAUUUCAAAGUCAAAGUGAAAAUUAUUUAUUCAACGUAAUUGUCGUAGAUAAACUAUCUGGUAUUUUUUUAGUCUACGUCAUUUUGCAAAUUGUUAUGGCGGGGGAGAAGAAAUGUCAAGAAACAAUUCAGAUAAUUCGUAAUCUUGUAAAUAUGAGCUUGUUACAUAAAGAAUUAGGAGGAAUAUGAGUGAACGAAAAGGCCAGCUGUACAAUGACUGCACCAAGUUAUUGAUUGAUUGUUCCUGUCUAUUUGAACAUUAAUAUUUGAGUGUCACGACCGCCCCGCGUGUGACGUUACGCGCCGCCUGCGCCGGUAUAGGCAGCCGUUGAACUUGAUUGGAGGAUCAAUCGUAGUUCAUAGUAUAAUGCGAGUCCCUGUGGGCUCCCUGGCGGCGCCGGCGGCGAUGCUCCUGUUGGUUCUGGCGGGGUGCGCGCACGCCGGUCGGUUCACGCCGCCGCCGGACAUCGGCAUGCCGGCCGGACUCAUACCUGAUUGCCCCGGAGUGCGCAAGAACGCGUCGAUCAGCGCGCAGUCGAUGCCGAUGCUGCAGGUGUCUUUCUACCGGCUGGACGCGGGCGGCAACCUGCUGACGCGGCCCAUGCCCGUCACGGCGGCCCACAAGAUGCUGGCCAGCGAGAAGAUCGACUGGAGCAAGAAGACGGUGGUGCAUGCGGUGGGGUGGCUGGACUCGGCGAUGUUCCCGCAUUCCCGCGCACUCGCCGCCGCGUACGCACGCCGCGGGUACAACGUGUUCGUCACAGACACCUUCGCCUUCCUCACCUCCAUAUACCCCAAGUCAGUUCGCCUAACGCGCGUGAUCGGCAAGAAGCUCGGCGAGUUCCUGGCCAAGCUGACCGCGCUGGGCCUGCGCGGCGAGCGGCUCGAGCUGGUCGGCAUCAGCCUGGGCGCGCACAUCGCGGGCUACACGGCGGCCGCGUACACCGCGCUGACGGGGUCGCGCCCGCGCCGCCUCACCGGCCUCGACCCCGCCGGGCCCUGCUUCCGCGCGCUGCCGCCUGACAUGAGGUUCAAUGCUGGCCUCGCUGACCAGGUGGACGUGAUCCACACGAACAUCGACGGGUUCGGCAUCGCGGAGCCUCUCGGCCACGUGGACGUGUACGUCAACGGCGGCGAGUACCAGCCGGGGGACGUGCCCUACAUCCCCUGCCUGGUGAUCUGCUCGCACGUCAGAGCGGUGCUCUACUGGUGGCAGGCGAUAGAACAUCCCAAGAAGUUCAUCGCCGUGCAGUGUGACUCAGUGCAGGAGGCCAGACUAGCGAACUGCUACAACAACACGGUGACCAACUACAUCGGGCUGGAGACCAGGUUCGACCGGCCCGGCAUCUACUACCUGUCCACCAGCAAUGAGUUCCCGUACUACCGCGGGCGCGCCGGCCUCGACGCCUCCAACGAGAUCUACACCUCCGUCGUGAGGAGCAUCAACGACGACAACGGCUUCCAAGUAUGAUGGAGGGCGUCAUGCCUCAGUCCGUCCUGUUCUCGUGUGUCGUGUGUUGUCUGCCCAAGGUGGAUAAAGGACCUUUAUUGAAAUAUAUCCGCAACCGUUUUCAUUCAGGUCAUUAAAACCGGAGCUGUCAAAUCUUCAGGUUAGGUAACAAAAACCUGUUAGGUAAGCGAACCCUGUGAAAACGGGAUAACGCUAGGGAGAUGAGGAAUGAAUUUAUGAUGUCCCUUAUGAUGUGAUUACCAGUAUUAAGAGUAAGAUGUAUAUAGUUUUAAGUCCUGUAACCCCGAUGUUUAGUUUUGUAUUUAUGUUAUUGUUUAGCCAUCGGUCACGUAAGUCUACAACUCCAAAAUGGCCUCGAUUCCUGCAGACACCUUUUAUUUUAAGUCAUACCCAUCAUUUUCUUCUCCGCCGAAAAGGAAAGAGAAAUGAUUGACAACUGUUAAUUUGAAAAUGAAUGAACGAAUGAAUGAAUAACCUGCGCAAAUAAAAAAGGCAUCUCGCUGAUAUGUAACCCGUUUGACGUGUGCUGUCAACUUAAUUUUGUCGGGCCAAUAUAAAAUUUUGGGAGGCAUUUUUAAAUUCUGCCUAAAAUUGACGUUCUAUAAAUCUUAUGCUUGCUAUUUUGCUAGAUUACCCGUCCCUUUCAUUUUCGGCGGACAAGAAAAUGAC